AUGGGCCACACGCCUACAAACUCUGUACGUCUGUUAGCCGGCGGCCAUAUCAACAAGCGUGCAGCCGGCUUGCUUGCCGAAGGGGGAACCGGCCAAGAAAGUCAAAGUUCCCGCUGUCCGAGUUCAUCGAAUUUCCCCAAAGGUAGACUGGCAACGCGUUCAGUUGAACUGGAGAAUAAGCGAGUCAGCGCAGAUGUACAGAGCCGAAAGCUGUGGGCCAUUAUCGGUGUGAUGAAGAGACAAUCACAAGAGGAGAAGAUGUAUAUGCAAAGAGCGCGACAACUACGAAGCAAGGCCUGCUGA